AUGGAUCAACAGGACGAAGUUGAGAGGCUAAGGAGCCGGAUUCGCGAUUUCGAACGACGGCAGCGUGAAUUUGACGACAACAUAGAAAGAGAGCGAAAACGCGCCAAUAAAGACCACGAACAACGACUAAAGGCAGAACAAGCCACCAAGGAAGCGAAAGAAGUCGCCGAAAAAGCAAAAAAGGCCGCCGAGGAAAACCACGAACAACGACUCAAGGCAGAAAGAAUCGCCGAGGAAGCCAAGCGGCGUCUUGAUCUUGAGCUGCGGCUGACCACGCUAGGAGAAUUCUUGGAUCUCUGCCAACAGUGGUUGCACGAUACAAUCUGGGUGGAAACAAACAAGAGCUUGACAUCAAAAGGCGGGCUCACGAACCCGGCUGACAAGUGGUGCCCCUCGAGACUGAUGCCUUGGUCAGACUUCCUGGAAGGGCAAAAGGAAAUACUUGGGGAGAUCCACACGGUCUUUGGUGAAGAACGGGCUUUUCCAAGGGCAAACGAAAUCCCCACUCUUGCAAAGGUUGUUCGCCGAAGGCUUGCCAACGAAGCCGACGUUGUCGCAGCGCAGAACAUCGCCAUUCAGUACCCGGUUUCGGCCAUUAUUUCGGAAGCGGUCAAAAGGCCGUCGGUCAAGGCCGCGCUUGGUAUCAUCAGCCAGCUCGUGUUUGAGAAUCACGGGAAAGCUAACCAGAAAGACAAGGGGAAAACUAACCAGAAAGACCAGACCGGAAAAUCGAAGGCCAAGACUCGGCCUGACCAAGUCGCCGUGUUCUCGCCAGAUGUCGACGACCCCGAUAACUUGGAGGGACGUGCCAUCGCUUUCGUCGUCGAGUACAAGGCUCCCCAUAAGCUCACCGCACGCCAUCUCCGGCUAGGGCUCCGGGAGAUGGACAUUCGUACCGAAGUCGUCAAUCGACAGACGGUUCCCCGCGCCACACAAGCCGACGACCAUCUCAAGUAUGUCUCGGACAGGCUAGUUGCAGCCGCCAUUACUCAAACAUACCACUAUAUGAUCGAGAAUGGACUCGAGUACAGUUACCUGACAACUACCGAAGCCUUUGUCUUCCUGAAGAUCGACUGGGACAACCCGGGCGACCUCUUCUUUCAUCUGGCCGAACCCAAGGCCGAGGUAGCCGAGCACGGGCCCAACGGCCGCUCCUGUACGGCCGUCAGCCAGGUACUUGCGUUCGCGCUCCUGGCUCUGAAGACACGGCAAAGGUCCCAAGCUGUCCGGAAGAACGCCACAGAAGGUCUCCAGACGUGGGCGAUGGACUGGGAAUUGAUGGAGCGACUCAUUUCACAGGAGCAGGACAAGGACGCUGUGAAAUCGAGGACGCCAUCCGCUUCAGGCCUUACGCCACCAACGCCGAAAAACGAUCCUGGCGUUGACCGGUCGCCACAGGUCGAGAGCGAAGCCGACAAUGGAACAAGCGCCGGGGUCGUGGCUUUGGAGCAGCGCCGUUGCCAAACUGAGGCUGGUGAAGGCACGGGAGGUCGCACUUCGGACAAGGACGAUGACCAUGACGACGACAAUCGCGGUGCCACAGACGAAUCCACGAACACACUUCGACCGCAGACGAGAAGCCAGACCCAGCGAAGCAAGAAAGCGCCAGCGGACGCCAACAAGGGCCCCAGUAGCCGCCCCCAAAAGCGUUCAUAUUGCACCCAACAGUGCCUCCUCGGCUUGGUGUGCGGAUUUACCUUGGACUCCCGGUGUCCCAAUGUUGCACUUCAUCGCCGAGGGAACCUGAGCGACCGGUGCCAUCAUCCGGUGGACCACGAGACCUGGCAACGCCUGGUCGCGGAGCAGCUCGACCGGACCCUCGACGAGGGGAUCAAACCACUGUGGAAGCAGGGCGCCCGAGGGGUUCUGUUCUCGGUUACCUUGCUCGAGUACGGAUACACAUUCGUUGCCAAGGCCACCACCACCGAGUCUAUCCCGCACCUAAAGAGGGAAGCCAAGAUGUAUCGCCAGCUGCGCACGCUCCAGGGUAGCGGAAUCCCUGUCUUCCUCGGCGCCGUUGACCUGAAAUGGCCGUACCGGUACAACGUCAGCAUCCAGCUCAUCCACAUGAUCUUCCUCUCGUGGGGCGGCGAGUCCAUCCUAGCCAAGAAAGACGAGCUGGGCCUCGACCAGGCGGCCCUCGACCGCCAGCUGCUGCCUCUGGUGCAGAACAUGCACCGUCUGGGCGUCGUCCACAUGGACGUGCGGGGGCCGAACAUAUUGUGGUGCGACGAGAUUGGCAGGAUCAUGCUCAUCGACUUUGAGCGGGCCAUCACCGUCGCCAGCUGCCGGAAGAAGCCCCAUCCCUUGCGCGCGCAAGCCGUACAGCGGUUCAUCCAGGAGGACUUGUGCUAUGCCCAGAUUGCACUCCGGGCCCCGUGA